CCCGUGCCACGCAGGGAGAAGGCAGGGGCUCGGCCAGCGCAGGACACGUGCCUCCAGUGCGGCCAGCUCCUCCCCCCACUCUCUGGUGUGGCAUAAAAGCGCUGCCCUCGCUGGGCACGGGCAUCCGCUGCUCCUGCCUCGAUCUGCUCAGGAAAAGGGCUCAUCACUCUCGCACAAAGAUGUCUUGCUCCGACCUGCGCCCAGCACCAACCAGCGUGGCCGUCCCCCAGCCCAUCGCUGACAGCUGCAACGAGCUGUGCGCCCGGCAGUGCCCCGACUCGACGGCCUUCAUCCAGCCGCCCCCCGUCGUCGUCACCUUCCCCGGCCCCAUCCUCACGUCCUUCCCCCAGCAAGCCGUGGUGGGCUCCUCUGGAGCGCCCGCCUUUGGGGGCUCCCUGGGGCUGGGGGGCCUCUACGGUGCCGGGGCCACCCAGGGCGCCGGGGGCCUCUGCACCUUUGGCAGACCCUCCUACGCUUCUCCCGCCUGCAGCCCUUACGUCUUGCCCCGCUACAGCAGGAGGCUGUGGGACAACUGUGGGCCCUGCUAGACCCAGCCCCAGAGCCCCCUUGAUUCCUGGGCCACCUGGGCCUCACGCCUCCUCUCCUUUCCUGCCUCUCUCCAUGCCGCCUCUCCUCCUCGCCCCGUCCCUUGCCCAGAUGCGCAGCUCUGCCAUCGUCCCUCAGGGCACUCGUUACUCUCUGCACUGGCCGCCACCUGGGAUAGGAAGCCUGAAGGAACAGCUCUCUUGAAGCCUCCAGGGACAACCUGCCUGCCUCUGCCUUCAGUGUCUUUCUCCAGUGGUUUCUCUGCUGAUCCUCUGGAUAUAAUAAAUUUUCGUCUGCAUUCC